AUGAAGGUGCAUCCUCCUGGAGCCGAUUCGGGAGAAAUCCUGGAGGUGGGCAAGGAUGUAAAGAACUACAAGCAGGGAGAUAAUGUCAUGGCCCACACGCUGGGGCUCGCAUAUGGGUCUGCCUAUGGCGUGUUCCAACUCUACGUCCGGGCCAAGACUGCCACGGUCCCAAAGAUUCCUGAUGACUUGGAUUUCAGGGCAGCGGUGGUACUGCCGUUGAGCAUCUCAACCGCAGCAGCCGGCUUGUAUCUCAAGAUGACGCUGGGACUGAAAUAUCCCGAUGUCGUGAACAGACUCGCGGACCGAAUGUUGUCGUUAGAGAUGAGGGAUGGAUCUGAACAUGUGGCUGAGACAACAACCAAGAAAAUCGACGUGCUGCUCGUCUGGGGUGUGUCAUCAUCGGUCGGCUCAACGACCAUCCAGCUGGCUGUGGCUUCGGGCUACGACGUGGUCACCACCGCCUCACCACGAAAAUACUCCUACUGCAAGGACCUGGGAGCCUGCCUUGUGCUCGACUACCACGCGCCCAACAUCGUGCCGAGAUUUAUCUCGCUGCUUCAUGAGAACGGGACACCUGUGGCGGGCGCGUACGACGCUAUCGGAACCGACGCAACCGUUCGGCAGUGCGCAGCAGUCCUGCACGCGGUGGGUGGUGGCACGGUCGCGAGCGUGGUUGCCACACCCGACGAUCUUCCGGAAGGCGUCAAGGCGGCCAGGAUCUCAAGCACCGACGUGGUGAGCCAGGACGACGGUGUGGUCGCGAGGAAAAUAUGGGGCGAAUAUGUGCCUGCGGCCUUACCGAACGAGGUGCUAAAAGCGACUCCAAGGGAGAUGAUCAUAGGCCGAAGACUGCGUUCCAUCCAAGCCGGCCUUGAUAGGCAGAAAGAAGGGUUGUGGUUUCCAGAUCCGCCAGGGACUAUCAACCCAGCGAGACUCUCCAAGCACAAUGUAGGAGGAGAACCUGGGAAGGCCACCGACUUCUCGUACGUCCCCACCUUGUCCGAUGCUCUGAAAGCCGCACAGUUGGCAAAACAGGAUGUGACGGCCUCAGUGGCGCCACUGCCUCCGAUACCUGCCCCGGUCUUUCCUCUUCCUCGAAUAUCCUCGGACCGGGAGAGCGACGAUUUUCACGCGAGCGAGAAACAGAGGCACGAGGAGAACCGCCUCGAGUUCGAAGCCCUCUACAACAAACACAGAAGCCCAUGUUCCUCCAGAUCGAGGCGCACUUCCCAUUAUGGCUUUUCCCGGACUCAAAUACAACAGAAUGGGGCAAGCAUCAAUGUACCCCUAGACUUCAGGGCAGGCUUCGAUGCCAAGGUCGUGAUAGAUCGCCUGAAAAUGUCGAUUUAUGACGCUUACCUGGUCCGAGUCGACAUCACGAAAAACGUAAAUUACUUCCGAAGGCAACAGGUAGUAUUCAACCCCGAAACUGGAACCUACGCCUUAUACGUUCGCGAAGGUCGCGUCGGACUCGAGGGCUUCGCCAGAAUCGUGAUAGAGUCGCCCACCCUCAGCACGGUAACGGCCAGGUUCCGCAAGUUCUUCCAGGACAAGACUUUGAAGACGUGGAACAAACGAUACGAAUUCGUUCCACGGAGGCCAGGGAGGUUUGCGUUCGUGGAGCUGGACUACACGAAGACCACGGCAAGGCCGAAGGAGCUCCCAAAGUAUACGGCGGUCGACGGCAACAUCAACGCGGAGGUCAGAGGAUUGAUGGAGCACAUUCUAUUUGGUGGCCCGGUGAAGAAUCACGUCGCUGGCAGCGAGGACCCAAGCACAUCCGCGCCCUGGUUAUCAUUCACGGCGCCUUACGAGCAGCUCAGUUCGUGGACCGUCUUUUCGGCAUUGAAGAUUCUCCUUCGUAUCCGCAUACACAUUGAGUCCGGCAACACGAUCAACUGGAUGACUAUCCUCAGACUCUCGUCGCACUACCGCAGCCAGAUUCCUUUCUACUCAGCGGACGACCGCCCGGCCGUAAUAUCGAGCUACCACGCCCUCUUUCUCGAGGCGAAGUUCCUGUAUUGUCUCUGGCCUUUCCGGGAGAUAGCCAAAUUGGCGGAACAAAUGCACUGCAAGGGAUCACUGCAGCUCCACGCGCACAAGGUCCUGGCCCAGCCGCUGUACCAAGCAUACAGCUCGCUGCGACACGGAUUCCGGCGGCUGACAGACGCGUCGACGCCCGAGUUCCGGCAGCUCAAGGCCUAUCUGGAGAACUCGUGCCACCGCAUUCACUGCUUGAGCGUGGAGCUGGAGGAGAUCUACCGGCUGUUUGUCAAAGCGCCGCUGCCGAAUCCGUACCGUCACUGGAUCGAGACCAAGAAGUACAACGACCCGAGUGGCGAGAUGCGUCUGCUGCUAUGGCAUGGUACACCGGUAGACUCACUGCUGGGCAUCUUGGAUGUGGGCCUGCAGAUCCGCCGCCAGGGCGCCAGCUGGACGGGGAGCAUGUUUGGGAACGCCAUUUACCUGGCCGACGCUUCCAGCAAAUCCGCCGGCUUCUGUAGGUUCGAGGCUGGGGACGGUCAUGGCAUUUUGCUUCUAUGCGAAGCCGACGUCGGCGUCCGCCGCAUCCGCUCCCAGGCCAGCAUCUACAACGGCCACGAGGUCAUCCGGCAGUCUCGUGGCCGCCACCGCUGCAUCGAGGGCCUCGGCCGUACCGGGCCGGCCAGGUGGAAGCCGAUUGAGUGGCAGAUGGAGCCUGGUGUGGGGGACGGGAGUCCUUUGAUGCCUGAAAUCACAGCCCCCUACGGCGACACCCAUUCCGGGGGCGCCCUCGGAUUCAACGAGUAUGCGAUGUACGAUCCGUCACAUGUGAUGCUGCGGUAUCUACUCAGGGUUAAGAUUAAGAGACGACUGUACUACUACAAUGACGAUGCUUCACAAUCCUUGGGCUAUGGCAUGAAAUAUGCAGGACUGAGGACUGGCAGUGAGACGGCCCAUCCAGGAGUCGGAUUUUCCAGGACAGCGGAGAACAGGCGUACGACCUCUUUCAGGGAGGAGACUGACUUCAAGCAUGGAUUGGGCACGUGCCGGUUCAACUAG